CAGCUUCACCAGCUUGCCUCUUUAGUUUAUUUAAAACAAAUCUUUUGCUUUACGCACAAGAAAUCGAUAAGGCGAAUGCAGUUACAGGAAAGCAUCAAAUCCGAGCAUGGCGAGCCAAGGCCACGCCCCGGUUACCCGAGAGACUGAGUGUAAACAGAAGGAAGUGGGGAGCAGCAUGGCCGUCAGUUUUAACGCGAACCAGUUUGAACAUGCCUUCAGUCCCCGGAAACUCCAGAACUGGACAAUACCGAGGCGUCACAAGGAGAACCCGGCCACUCUGGAUGGGCACACCCAGUUCAUUGCCGAUGACCGCGGUCAUUUGUUGCCAGGCUUAAGAGGAAAGAGUACAGCUUGGGGCUCAUUUUCAGGCACAUGGGAUAUGCCUUGUUGUAUCCCACCUUCCCACAUCAAUUACACAGCCCGAUCAGAGGAUGCAAUCAUCAAGCUGAAAAAAAGAACUGAAGAAAACACACUGAUCUGCAAAAGGAAUGGACACAGUGGAGUGAAGAGAAAUCCGAGAACACCCAUGAGGACUGAAAGCCAGCAGCCACAAGCUUCAUCUGUGCUGCCGGAUGCAAACAAACCGGACCUCAACCCUCAGUCAAACUUGGAGCUAAAGACACCAUCUGCACAGCCACCAAACUUGAACUCUGCCAAUUGAAAUGGUAAUAAUGAAUGUCUUUUUCAGAAAUGUUAUAGUAAAGGAAAUAAGAAAUAGGUCUUCACACCAUAUGCUCCCUGUUGGAAAUGCAGAAUAUUUUCAGUGUAUAUUCUAAUAUUUUAAAAGUUUAUGCUAUUAUCCAUUCUCUAUAGAUGACAAAAUACCAAUCUACUGAGACGGACAUUCAAACAUUAAAAACCUUCCUUAGAGGUAUAUUUAGACUGUGUCCACAUUUCUGGAAAAAAAAACAA